CGGUAAAAGAGAAAACUGGAACGCAACCACGGAUUUCUUGUGGGACAAACGUACAGGCCUCGCUGCUAAAACGAUGCCUCACACUAGACGGUACACGUCUUCAGACAGAGACAGUAGAAGCAGCUACCAAGACCGUUACAGAGACAGAGGGCGAAGACACCGGCACAGAAGAUCGCCUUCUUACUCCUCCAGCAGUGACAGAGACCGAGACAGAAGGGGACGGGGACAAAGACAGGAAGGAAGCUUUGUACGCUCAAGGAGUCGUAGCUAUGACAAUCGCUCUACGGAGAACCGGCCAUUUGACCGAAGAUACGAGGGAUACAGACGCUUGGAUCAGAGCCGAGAUAAAGACCGCGACAGAGAAAGGGAGCCACAUGGAGCAGCUGAAAGUUACUAUCCACGCGACUUCUCCCCAAACAUGUACGACUACCGACGUGGCCGGGAGAGGGGGCGGGAACGGGACGAGUCGUACCGGCGGAAAGGCAGCAGGCGUAAGCACAAACGAAGGCGGCGUAGAACCAGGUCCUAUAGCCCAUCCUCCUCGCGGAGUGACAGCCGGACGAGGGCACUGAGUGUGAGGGACGACGAGGAAGGGCACCUGAUCUGUCGGAGUGGGGACGUCCUACAAGAGAGAUAUGAGAUUGUCAGCACUUUGGGGGAAGGCACUUUUGGGAGGGUGAUGCAGUGCAUUGACCAUCGCAGGGGAGGAGCCCAUGUUGCUCUGAAAAUUAUCAAAAAUGUGGAGAAGUACAAGGAAGCAGCUCGCCUGGAGAUAAAUGUACUAGAGAAGAUCAAUGAAAAGGACCCUGAUAACAAAUUCCUGUGUGUACAGAUGUAUGACUGGUUCGACUACCACGGUCACAUGUGUAUCUCCUUUGAGCUGCUAGCUCUCAGUACCUUCGACUUUCUAAAGGAAAACAACUACCUGCCCUACUCAAUUGGUCAGGUCAGACACAUGGCCUACCAAAUCUGUCUCGCGGUGAAGUAUCUCCAUGACAGUAAGCUGACACACACAGACCUGAAGCCUGAAAACAUCCUAUUUGUCAACUCAGACUUCACAAUGUCUUUCAAUGUAGAGAAGAAGCGAGAAGAGCGGACGGUUAAGAGCACGGCAGUACGUGUGGUGGACUUUGGCAGUGCCACUUUUGACCACGAACACCACAGCACCAUUGUGUCCACGCGGCAUUACCGUGCUCCCGAGGUCAUACUAGAGCUGGGCUGGAGCCAUCCCUGUGACGUUUGGAGCAUUGGCUGUAUCCUGUUUGAGUACUACCUGGGGUUCACCUUGUUUCAGACUCAUGACAACAGGGAGCAUUUGGCAAUGAUGGAGAGAAUCCUGGGACCAGUGCCCUCUAGGAUGAUUCGUAAAACGAGGAAGCAGAAGUAUUUCUAUCGUGGCCGUCUGGACUGGGACGAAAGCUCCUCAGCGGGGAAAUACGUCAGAGAAAACUGCAAACCCUUGCGGCGGUACUUGCUUUCGGAGGCGGAGGAGCACCACCAGCUGUUUGACCUUAUUGAAAGCAUGUUGGAGUAUGAGCCCUCAAAGAGGCUCGUUCUGGCUGACUCCCUCAAACACCCUUUCUUUGAGAAUGGAGCGAUUAGCGAGGCAGGGAGCAGCAAGAACUGGGAGGGCAACCGGGACAUCAGCCGGUGACCUAUGAGCCUCCAAAGACUGAAUGACAGAGAAGAUCAAGGUCUUUUUAUAUGUGGAGCAGGUGAACUGUUAAAUUAAUCGGGGCUUCGGAUGUUUUCUGUCGUUUGUCAAAGCAUGGACACCUUAACUUCUUGCUCCUCCAUCCUACCCCUCUGACGUCCACCUCUGCAGCCACAAGAGGCAUGUUUUUGCAGCAGAGAGACCAAAAUACCUACAAAAGACAGGAAAAGAGUUGGAAAGAGUUAUUUUCUAGCUGCCACGGCCUCAAUAGUGGACAAAAAUCUUAAAUGGAAGAUUGUUUGUACCCAAAGUAGCCCUCUAUGCAGCUCCUGUCUUCCUUUGACUUCUGAACUACCUGCUUCCUUUCCGUCCGUCUGUCUAUUAUUUUCAUCAGCAUGUAAAGAAAAUAAUUCCCCUUUUUAUAAGGAAAUAAGCACUACAAAACCGGUUACACAAAAACUCAGUUUUAGAGAAGAAAUGUCUAUCGAUUCUGAAGGAAAGGGGAAAAAGGGAGAUAGAGCUGUAUAUGCAGCACAAGUCCUCACCCACAUAAUUCUAAACAUGGAGACAUGCAAGAUAUUCUAUUAUGCUAACACCAAAUCAUUCAAAUAGAAUAUCAUAUUUCCUUUGAAAUUGCAAGUAUCUCCAGCAGUUUCAAGUUUUUGUUAAGUGAGCACUUGUGUUGCAUAUCAUUUUUCUUGUUUCUUUUUUUACGUCUAAAAAAAGAGAUUCUUGCCCUUAAUCUCGGGGUCUGUUAUUUUUCGCCAAUGAGAUGAUAAUGGACACUUCACAUACACACACAGGUCUUAUUGAUAGAUGUGUUUGUGUUAUGCCAUGCUUUCUGUGUGUGUGUGUGUGUGUGUGUGUGUGUGUGUGUGUGUGUGUGUGUGUGUGUGUGUGUAGGGGUGGGAUGGUGUGGGUAACACAUUCAUAUUAAUGUUUUGCUCAGUGACUACUUAGUAGUUCAGCAUUAGUCAUGGGAACAUUCUUGCAUGUUUUUAAACACAGAAAAACAUACACUGCCUUUCCCAUGUGUGAUUUGGUCAGACCUGAAGUCUCUCCAUUGAGGUUAAGCACACAGCUCCAAGUGGUUGCCAAUGAGCCACACACAACUCCUGUUUGUAUUUAUUUUGAGUUCCCAUAGGUCAUAGUCCCCACCCCCCUGUACAUGACUUGUCUUUUUUUUGUAUGAAAAUUUAAAGCGUAUAAAACUGUAUAUAUGUAAGAUUGUGUAGAAUUAAAGUUAAGUCCUCCUUACCAAAGGCUUAUGGGGCUCUCAGUAUCGGUUUGGGCCUCUGGUAGCUAAAGGGAGGCAUUCUGUCUUUAAAUACCAUCACUGUGUCUGAGUCCGUCUCUUACCUCACUGACUAAUGCCACUGCUGGAUGAUGUGCAUAAAGUCAGGCGUGUCUGAAAUGUGUAAGUGAAGGUCGAACAUGGUGUCUACGUUGUUCUAUUUAAAGUGAACUCAUUAAUUGGUCUUUAAAAUGAAUAAAGAUAAAUAUAUUGCUUGCA